AUGAAGAAAAGUUUACAAGAAGGUACUAUCAAUAAUAAAUAUGACGAUGCAGAGCAGGUUAGAAGUGUUAAAGUCACAGAUAUUAGACAGUGUAAUGAAAGAAGCCAAGUACAUAGAAGUAAUCCUUACGAUUUUCAAAAGCUAAUUUGUAACUUUCACGGAUGGAAAGGAGGUCGUCGACUUCAGAAGUGCCCUGAAUGCUUAGAUCUGGAAGAGCGUAUUCGGAGCAAAUUAAAAAGGACUACAGGAAAGAGUUUCAUUGGAAUAGAAAAUAUUGAUAGCUCCUGUAGUAUUGAAGGUAUUCGUAUUUGGCUAAAAUGUAAUAUGGGUCAUAAGUUUGCUUGUAAGCUUGAAGAUGUUUCAGUAGGAUGUCAAAUUUGUUCUUCAGAGAAAUUUCUCUCUCCAACUUAUAAAACUAAUGCUGCAAAAUUAGAUUCAAUAAGAGAAGAGGCUUAUAGAAAAAAACAAGGGGAACUUUUAGCAGCAGCUAAAGAGAUAUAUGUGAAUAGAGUAUUAAGUAAGACUUCUAUGGGCAUUGAGAAGGAUUCCUUAGCCUGCAUAAAGAUGUAUCCCAAUUUAACUUAUGAAUCAGCCUAUGCAGUAAUGUCUGUAAUAGCAUGGAAAGAUGAUCCAUUCCAAAUAUUUGGAAUACCUCGAGAUAUGUCACUAGGUGAUAAGAAUUCAGUAUUGAAUCAUAUUAAACGCUUUUUUCGUAUAAAAGCUAAACAGAUUCAUCCUGACAAGAAUUGUCAUCCAAAGUCAGGUGAAGCAUUUAAUAUUUUAUCAAAUGCAUACAAUGAAAUGUUAAAUUAUGUAGAGAAGAGGCUAUAA